AUGCAUCUAAAAGUCGUGAUCUUCACCCUGUCAUUCUUGACAACUUCAGCAUACCCACUCCACCGGAACAGCAGGCAGGCGACCUGGACUGAUUCAAUAGCCAACCAGGCUCAUGAUAAGACAGAACUCACAAAGGAUGUGGAUGCGAUUUACAAGAGCCACAUAGACAGCAGCGGCCUUUACAACCAAGAUAAUCGCAGCAAAAACCCUGUUGCUGAAGAGGUGCAACGCAAACUCAACAUGGAGUCAGAGCGUCUGCGUGCCCGUCUGCACCAAGAGCUGGCCGAGCUGCGGGAGAGGCUGUCCCCAUCUCCGGCCCACCUCAGCUCCACCCUGGCCAGCAUGAGAGAGCGCCUGGCUCCUCUCACCCAGCAGCUCCAGAGCUCUCUCAGCAGCAACACCCAAGAUCUGUGUGGCCAGCUGAGCCUCUAUCUGGAGGGUCUGGAGACAGCAGAGGCCCAAGCUAAGGCCAGUCCAGCUCUCUACCAGGAAGCCUUCCACUGGAUGAGCCAGACCCUGGAGCAGAGUGGCUCCAAGGUGGCCGACAUCGUCAGCAACUUCCAUACCAAAACUGUCGGGGUGAUCGAACAUCUGAAAGAGAUUAGUAGUAGUGAGGAAGAGGCAGCCAAGCCAGAGUUCUGGCAGGAAAUUAGCUCCAGGCUGGGACAGGAAGUGAAUUCACUGAGUUUGGAGGCACAGAACAGGGUCGCGGCUCUCAAAGCAGACCUUGCUGCUGUGCUAGAAACUGCACAGCCUCAGAAGGCUGAACUGACAGCCAGUAUGGAGCGGUUCUGCCAAAAUGCAGCCCUGCAGAGCCAAGUGUUUCAGGCCCGAAUAGAGAGGCUGUUCCAGGAGCUGGAGGUACAGGGAGCCUCCAGCCUGUAUCCUCCUUUUUCUUCCUCCUCAUUCAUACAGCCGGGAGGCUCUUUGCAGGAGGACUUCACAGUCAAACUCUCUGCUCUGAUCCAAGACAUUCUGCACUCAGUUCAGUGA